AUGCAGCAGCAGCAACCACAACCACAACCACAGCAACAGCAACAACAUUACAGUUCUUCGCCCUCCCUCUCAUCGCCGCCGUCUGCCCUGUCAGAGCCCGGCUCUCCUACCCGGAUGCUCCACGCCGGUCGAGCUAAUAUUGAGAUGGAUGAGAUCAUUGUCGAUCCCAGUUCAGUAGCUCGAUUUACCAUCAUGCAACAACACCAACCCGCCGAACCCGUCCAGAAUGUCCCGCUGACCGCCGCCGGCCUACCUCGCAAGAAGCCCGGCAGGAAACCCGGCAGCACCGUCAAGCCCAAGGUCCCCGCCGAUGGCAGUUCCGCGAACGCUGCCGAGGCCCCUAAACAGCGGCGGCCGCGGAAGCCUAAGGAUCCAAAUGCCCCGCCAGUUCAGAGGAAGCGCAAGGCCGCCACCAACGAGGCUAGCGACGCCAAUUCCGAGAUGGACGCCCGGUCCGCAUCAGGCCCGCCCCGGCAGACCAAAAUCACCGAGCUCACCCCGAUGCGCAUGUCUUUGGAUUCCCGCACCACCCCCACCGAUAUCGGAUUCGCGCCAACCGCCCCGCCCACCGUCCCCAAGCGGGAGAGCACUUCCGGGUCCAUGAACAUGAUGAACAUACUGAACGGAGACCCCGAACAACCCAAACCCCAGCCCGCUGCCCCGCCUGCCAGACAGAUGUUUGAUCCUAUCAGGGGCGGAUAUGAUCCGAUCAGGGAGUCAAUGGCAACGCGUGACCCCUAUGGCACGGGUCCCCUCGGAUCGCCACGUGCGCCCACCCAGAUUACCAACCGGGCCAGCGCAUCUCCUUCGAUUGCCAGCCUGGUAGACCCCCAGCCGGUGCCUAGCGUUAUCUCGCCUCGCCCCGCAUAUACCAACCCCACCUCUCAACCGCGGUUCCAGGACUCGACUUCUAUGCCCCCAUCACCCUCCAACGCCGUGCGGAGCACUCCUCAGUCAAUGCCCAAGCCCGCCUUGACCGACGCCAGGCGCCCUCCCCCGCCUCCCCCGCCUCCCGUACCUACUACUAGCAAACAGGAGUCGAAGACCAAUUCAUUCACCAGCAUGACGUCAAUCCCCAGCGCCAUGUCGGCCGCCGCAGCACCGGUCCAGGCCGCCGCCGCGCAGAGCAAAAAGAUCGCCGCCGUCGUUCAGCAGGAGCGCGAGUCCCAGAAGAAAGCGCGCAGCUCCUCAUCGAACACUACGGGUGGGACGCCCUGCACCCGCGCCUGGCCGCCAGUCGGGAGCGCAAGGCCCGCAUCGCCGCCGCCACCGCCGCGCUCGAGAAGACGGGUAGCGGCCGUCGACUCGGGCGAGGAGAUGGACGAGGACAUUUUGCAGGCGUCGGAUGCCGGCGAGAGCAACGUCGAGAUGGGCGGCAUGGGUAACGGGACCGGUACCGGCACCGGCAACGGCAACGGCGCGCCGGCCACCAAACCCGCGAGAAAGAAGCGCAAUUUCAAGGAGGAUGAAUACGACAAGGAGGACGACUUUGUCGACGACUCGGAGCUGCUCUGGGAGGAACAGGCCGCCGCCAGCAAGGACGGCUUCUUCGUCUACUCGGGCCCGCUGAUCCCGGAGGUCGAGAAGCCCGCCGCGUCCGAGGAGCGCCCGAGGCGUGGUCGCGGCGGCCGUGGUAGGGGCAGCAGGGGCGGCGCGGUCCGCGGCGAGGGCAGCGGACGCGGCAGGGGUGGCGGGCCGGGCUCGCGCGGCGGCACGGUUAGAAAACCGCGCAUCACCAAGCUCGAGAAGGAGCAGCGCGAUCGCGAGAAGGCCGAGCGCGAGAAACUCGCCCUGAUGGCGUCCAAGACAGGCGCUGACUCGGCUGCCGCGGGCCUCCUCUCGCUGAGUGGGCCACCGGCUCAGGGGGCCGCGCCCGGUAUGGCGAUGUGA